GAGGAGAUUCGUCCAUACAAGAUACAUGUGUCGUCAAAGUAUUUGGAUCUGACGAGGAAGAAGCUCGAGUUGACGAGAUUGCCGCAUGAGUUGUUGCUUCCCAGGGCGAGGGAAUGGGAGUAUGGGACUCCAAAGGCGGAGAUUGAACCGCUGAUAGACUUCUGGUCAGUAACCCCUCCUUUCUCCCUCAAGAGCCCACCAGAAUCACAUCUCAACGCCACCCUCCCUCAAUACCGCACUGCAAUCCAAGUCCCGUCAUCAGGCACGAGCGUCCCUCUCCGAAUCCACUUCCUGCACAUCAAAUCACCACACAAACAUGCCGUCCCGCUCCUCCUCCUUCCGGCCUUUCCACUGACAAAUCUCUCGCUCACCCCUCUCUUUGCGCCCCUCACCCACCCGAAAAGCCCAACAUCCACACAACCGUUCCAUCUAGUAGUCCCCAGUAUCCCCGGCUUAGGGUUCAGCGACGCAUUCCAAUGCGAAAAUGGUCUGCUGGAGAAGACGGCGGAGGUGUUCGAUACCCUGAUGCGACGGCUGGGAUAUGAAUUCUACAUCGCAACCGCAACCGGAUCAGGCAGGGAAAGCCCAAGUGAGAUUGAUUACCAUCUCGCGGGGAUAGUUGGGGAGAAGUUUCCGGGAAGCUGUUUGGGAGUGCAUCUACUGGAGCCGUGUGUAGAGAGGCCGAGGUUUGGGAGGGAGACUUGGGGGUGGGCGAAGUUUGCAUUGGCCAGGUUCUUUCAUAUGAGUUUGUUUGGGUAUCAGGAGGCGGAUUGGGUGGCGUUGAGGGAAAUGGGAACUGCUGGAGGGUACGGUGCGGUCGGGAUGGUGGGUUUGAGGGAGCCGAAUACAUUUGCUUAUGCGUUGUGUGAUUCUCCCGUGGGGCUGUUGAGCUUGGUGUGUAGUGCUAUGAGGAGAAAGAGUCCCCAGCAUAGCUUGACUCGCCCGGAGAUCAUCGACGUUACCCAACUGGCGUGGCUGCCAGGGCCAGAGGGUGCAGCAAGAUUCUGGGCUGCUGCCGUCAAGGAAGUGGGAGUACUGGAGAAACAGAAGAGGACGAGAGGGCGGGUUGCUGUGACGGUGUUCGGCAGUGAUGGUGUUGAUGGUGAUUACGUAUGCCCGGCAUGGGCGAAUGCUAAGCAUGAUGUUGUUUUUGCGCAAAGAGCGGCAGGGAAAUCUGGUCUUUCUCCUUGGGAAAGAACCGAUGUUUUAAUUGCUGGUAUUCGAGGACUUGCACGGGAAAUU